AGCCUAUUGAGCCUGCUGACGCGAUAUGUCUCCUCUGUACACCCUGGACGCUCAUAUGAUUUUUGUCGGCACUCUGCAAAGCCUCGAAUGUGGAUUGGACGAAGAUGUAGGAUACAUCUCUAAAAUGUUGCUAUACAAAUAUAGUAUAUGUUAUAUCAUGUAGACUAGUCACUGUAUUUGUUUGAAUUAGGCUACAGUUGUUAUGUCUGCCUGGCUACGUUGGAUUAACCGGAGUAGCUAGAAUCAUCGGUCGCGCCCUUGUGGGGCUUUGACUGUCUAUCCUAUUCAUUGGGAGUGAGUAACACAAUGAGGGAUGCUGAAGGAGUCGUUUUUGGACAAGAUGCGGACAGAAUGGUCGGGGCAGUACUUCGUAGGAUGCUGAGGCUUUUCGAUGUGAGAGAACAUCUGGGCGACCCUAUGAAGACAUUCAGUAGCAGCGACAGACCAGAAGCCCACAGCAGCAAUAACAGUGAGAAAUCAUCUGAUGAAGUCGAUAAAAGACAUUUAGUAGCAGCGACAGACUAAAGCCCACAGCAGCAACAACACAGUAACACAGUAACAUAGUGUAUUCUUGUGGAUGGGAAAUGCUCCCUAAUCUUCCCUGCCCUACUCCUCCCUCUCCUGAAAACCCCAAUCCCUCCAUCUCUCGUUCUCACUUUCUCCAUCACUCCAUCACUCUGUGGUCGCCAUGACGUCCACGCUGCAAACCCUGGGGCUCAAGCUGGCCCCGCCCCCUCAGGACCUAAACCCUGAGCGGUUGGACGGCUGCGAGGAGACGGGCCGGCGCUACAAAGUGGUUCCCUCCGUCGUGUGCUCCAUGUGUUGCCUCUUCGGCAUCAUCUACUGCUUCUUCGGGUACCGUUGUUUCAAGGCGGUGAUGUUCCUGACGGGCCUGAUGUUCGGCUCCAUCGUCAUCUUCAUGUUGUGCUAUAAGGAGCGCGUCCUGGACACCCAGCUCAGUGUUGAGGCCUCUGUGGGCAUCGGCCUGGGCAUCGGCACCCUCUGUGGCCUGGUCACCAUGCUGGUUCGCUCCGUGGGUCUCUUCAUGGUGGGUCUCCUCCUGGGCCUCUUGGUGGCUGUGGCUACCCUGGUGGGCAUGGAAGAGCUGUCGAACAGCCCCCCGAGGUCGGUCUGGGUCCCCCUGGGGGUGCUGCUCGGCCUGGGCAUGCUGUUCGCCGUUCUCACCCUCCAAUGGCAGCGUUUCUUCACCACCGUGUCCACGGCCGUGUUCGGGGCGGCGGUGAUCACCGUGGCGCUGGACUACUUUGUGGAGCUGUUUGCCCUGGUGCUGUACCUGUAUGAGAGGGUGAAAGCGGCGCCCAGAGGGAGACCCGUCUGCUGGAUCACCUGGGUGGUGCUGGGGGUGUGGCCUGCUCUGACGCUCCUGGGGGUGCUAAUACAGUGGAAGGUGACAGCAGAGGGAUACUCCCACACCAAGGUGAUAAUCAGUCGUCAGCAGCGGCGGGUCCAGCUGAUGCGUAUCCGUCAAAAGGAGGAGCGGAGGGACCGCAGCAGGAAGAGGAAGAAUAAGCAACAGAGAGACUCCACCCACAGCUCUCACCCUCCCAAACCCCUGCACCCCGAGCCCGCCUAUCGCAGGAAACCCAACCCUAUACGACGCUUUGACGGGGACGUCCUAUCGCCUAGUUACAUCCAGAGUUUCCGGGACAGGCAGGUGGAGGCUAGGCCGUAUCCUGGAGGGGGCAGACUGAUGGGGGGAGGAGGGGCUCACACCAAUGUGGAUGUGGACUAUGACUGUGGGUCCACCACGCCCCUCACUGCGGCUGCAGGCCCCUUACUUCGAGUCUGAACACUCCCCUUACCACUGGUCCGACCACACCCCCCAAAACCUGUACAGCAGUAUGAAUCUGGCAGCCACAUCACACCCCCAAAAGGUGUGACCACACCCCCGUAGGCCUGUAUUGCAGUUUAGGUCUGACUGACCACUCCCCCACCACAAUGCUGGAGCCAAUCAGAGUAUGUGAAUAGCAAAGGCCUGAACGCCUUUUUCUGUUUCACUCGCACACCAGCCACAUGCAUGAAAAUACUGUACACACAUCCACAAACACUGCAGUGGAACUGGAUCUGGUGAAAAGAGAAAGAAACACAGGGGCCUCUAACCGUUACCCGGGGCUUCUCUCUCUCCAGCCGGUCUCCAUCAGGACACAGUUUAAAGAAGCAUGGCUCAGGUUUCAAACGAGGCAUCGUUUUACCAUGGACACCGGAUUACAAUCCUCUCUCUUCAGGAUUUUAAAAAGAUUUUAAAGUGUGUCUACCACUUGGCAGUCUUAAUUCUUCAAAUCAUUCUCUGUCGUCAACAGGCAGUUCCUUUGUACUGCAUUUCUACGGUUCCAUCCUUCUAUGGAGUUGGGACCUUCUGAUGAGAACUGACUAGUAAUAAAUACUCCUGCUCUGUGCCAUUCCAGCCCAACAACAGGUCACCUCCUGGGAAGGAGGAGAAUAUGUGUCUUUUAAGAUGAAGCAUUAUGCAUUCUUGGUGCUGGACGAUAUCCUUCUUUGGAAAGCAGUUUGAACUCCCCCUUCUUUAACUGAAGUUGGGAGAUCCGGUGGAUUUAUGGGUGCCUUGUGAUUGCCCUUACUUGGACUGUACCAUUCAGCGGUGGGAUAGGGGUUACUGGCAGUGGUCACUGACUGAGAGAUGUGAGAGACUAUAUGAUAACAUGAUAUAUUAUUAUAGUGACAGACAACAAAGUUGUUGCGAUAGGAAUGAGGGUAGGCCUAUGUCUAGCAGAAGAACAACAGUGAACCAAUCAGGGAGCAAGCAAGGAAACAGUGGAUGGCGAUUGGUCUAACCUGCCCGGGGCUCUACCAAAAGGAACACUACAGGAAGUCAGUACGGGGUCAAUAAAGAGUUCAAAACAGAAAGGGGUCAGAAUAAAAGAUCAACCAAUACAACGACAGUAUUGACCACUCCCCAUCCACUCUACAGAGAGGACCAUUCAGGUCACAGGCCUAACAAAGAACCCCUACAUAAUGUGCAUUGGUGUUUUGAAUAUGGGUCAUAACAUUCUGUCUAUAGUGUAUCAGUAAAUUACAUGACGUCUAUGGUUUAUUAUUGUCUUUGACUCAGACUGUGAAAGGGACUGUGAUAAUAUAAUACCGGCUUGAUGUUAUUAUUAUUAUUAUUAGGAUUGCCCCAUUGGGCUGUGGGUCAGGACAGGGUAUAAGAAUCAAAGUUCCUUUCCCAGAAUCUUCCAGGGGAAACCUACCUGGCUGCAUGACUCAGUGGUUCCUUCCUGUUCCUGUCCCCCUCUCUUAUCUGUCUCCUGUGGCAUUGUCCUUCUCACCUCACCAGACAAUGGUUCCUAUCCCCUCUAGCCUGAUCGCCCCACAUCUAACAACCACGUGAAUAGUUCGUAACACUUCUCAUGAAUGGCUUCUUAAUAAUGCAUUAUAAGCACAUGUAUAAUGCCUUAUGAGCUAUGUAUAAUGCACUUUAAUGCAUAGAGAUUAAAUUGAUAUUCAUGAGCACUUACUAUGCGCUUAUUAUACAUUAUGAAGAGCGUAUUCAUAGGAAGUGUUAGCAAAUUAGCCUGAGUGCCAGUCUUGUUUAAGCCAUCAUGUCAACACCUUGCCACUCAAUGUCAUGUCAAACAUGCUUAGCAUGACAAUGAGUGACAAGGAGUUGGCAUGGUAGCACAAGCAGAUCUGGGACCAGGCUGUUACAGAGAUGGCGGUACAGCACAAACAGUAGAGAUGUGUAACUCCCCACUGUCUCCCUCCGGUGUGCAUUCUUCUGACCUUCUGUCUUGUACAUAAACAAAACUGUUACUGUACUUUUAUCUUUCCCUUGUAUUUCUUGCUUAAUUUGAUUGUUUUAGUUUUUCUCAUGGAUUUAUUUUAGGAUACUUGAUUUUAUUUAUAUGAAAUAAUGUGUCCUUUCUGAAGUACUGUAUGUAUAUUUAUUUAUCAGGUCAUUUAUUGACAUUAUAUUAUUGCCAUCUUUUGACUUCAGGAGUGCAGCCUCAUAAAUGUAGGCCGGUGAUAUUCCAUGCCUCUUAUUAAAAGUAUAAUUAUGAAUACUGUUAUUAUUAUUAUUAAAGCAUGUGUUUUUAUGGGCCUAUAUAUGAUAAACAAAGUGAUUCUA